UGUUAAAAACCCUAGAAAUAAUCGCACUGCGAGGGUCCUGCUUCCAUCCAUAGGGAGUGCCGUAUGCGAACGCUGCCUCUCAUAUGCUCAGGUGUAGAGGACCUCCAUUGCUUCCCGUGAGGAUGUUAUCAUCAUCAUCGUCAUCCUCGCCGCCGUCUCUGCCGCCGUUGUUUUCCCCAAACCCUAGACCUAGAUCAAGCUCCGCCGUUAGAGCAUACUCUCGGAUUCCCAAACCGUCUCGUCGUCCCCCGUUCGCCGACGCACGCAAAAUUGCAGUCGCCGACUCUCAGAACCUCAUGACGCUUUCUUCUAGAUGCUUCCCCGGUGCUACCAACUCCAUUCCCGUUUCGAGCACGCCCGAAACGCGAAGCUCGGCGGAGCUUGACUUCGAUGGUUCCGCUUCGAAAGCUCUUGUGGUGGUCUCCUUCUACAAGUUCGCCGAUUUUCCCGACCAUGACCGUCUGCGUCAGCCAUUGAAAAAGCUCUGCGAGGAUUUGCGUGUUUCAGGCGGUAUCAUUCUUGCACCAGAAGGGAUCAAUGGCAGCAUAUGCGGGACCCGUGAAUCGGUGGAGAGAGUUCUCGGGUUCAUUCAAAGCGAUGACCGCUUAAAAGGGCUGAGACGAGUGGAAUCCCCUGUGAGUCCUGAGGAAGAAGCUAUGCAUCAUGGACACUCUAGCAGUUCUCCUCUUGCUGCCGGGGAAGAUGCGCCUUUCCGGUGGGAUCAUGUGAGGGUGAAGUUGAAGAAAGAGAUUGUUACUCUUGGAAUGCCUUCUAUAUCACCUACUGAAAAGGUUGGGAAAUAUGUGAGCCCAAGGGAGUGGAAUCAAUUGAUUAGCGAUCCCGAUACAGUUGUGAUUGAUGUGCGGAACGACUAUGAAACUAGAAUCGGUAAGUUCAAGGGAGCAGUUGAUCCAUGCACAACAGCAUUUCGGGAGUUCCCAUCUUGGGUAGAGGAUCAGUUUCAACUUUCUGAUCCAGAAAAGGAGCAUUCAGAAGAGCUUGAGAACAACAGUUCAAAUGACAUAACCAUUGAUAAAGUGGGGAGCCCUAAAAAGAAAAUGCCUCGGCGGGUUGCCAUGUACUGCACUGGAGGAAUUCGAUGUGAGAAAGCUUCAAGUUUUCUCCUCAAUAAGGGUUUCAAAGAGGUUUAUCAUCUUGAAGGUGGAAUUCUGAAGUAUCUUGAAGAUAUUCCGAAGACAGAGAGCCUAUGGGAGGGAGAGUGCUUUGUGUUUGACAAGCGGGUUUCUGUGGAUCAUGGUUUAGUACAAGGGAAUUAUAAGCUCUGCUAUGGGUGCAAGCAACCAGUGAGUGACGAGGACAUGGAGUCCCCUGAAUGGGAGUAUGGAGUUACUUGUCCUUAUUGUUACUCGUCAAAAGCUGAAGAAGAGAAGGCGAGGGCAAGAGCCCGACAAAGACAAUUUGAGACGUGGGGUAUCAUUGGGGGUCCACAUAAGGGUCGCCGGCCAACAACUGAAAUGGAAUGUAUCAAGAAUUCUACCCGGCUGUCGAGUUCAGUUUAGAAAGUUGACAAAAAGUAAUUUGGGUCCGUAGAAGGCGUGUCCUUUUGCUCUGCACUAUAGAGGAUGUGUCUUGAAAAUGAGUUUCGUGAAGGGACAGAGUUGAAAAUUUUCUUCUCUGCAGUCGUGACUGCUCCUCUCUCUCGCUCUUGGUUACUCAAGUUGACUAAUUGGUUAUCCUUUUAUGUAUCGUUGGUUGGAUUUUUUUCCUGGCUUUAAACAAGGAAAAUGCUUAGGGGCACUACUAGUGCUAAGCACCAUCACUAAUAAAAGAUGAGCUCCGUUUGUAGGUCUCAUAUUGCGGAACUCAUUUUGUAUUAAUGAAUGGUGUUUAGCACCGUUAGUGUCUUACAGCAAUCAUCUUUAAACAACGAAGCUUGAUGUACCUCCAGAGUCUCUUUUAGCAUCAUAAUAUGGAGCUUCACAGGAAGUGCUGCUCUUUUGCAGGAUUUGACAAAACAUUUUGUACCAUGAGAGAUUUUCAUUGAUGAACGUGAUUUUGCGUCUAUGCUUAAAAUGCAAAAAUGUGUCGUAUUACUA